AAGAUCUGAAAACACGGAUUGCGCGGUAAUGUGUGCCUGUGCCCUCAACCACAUCAUCGCUCAGGCGGAGGAGGACCACCAUCGGCAGCCAUCCCACGGCGGCGUUCCAUCACAGUCAUUGCAUCUAUCACUUUCUGACGCUUCUCGCCAACCCUAAAUUCAUGCAUUUCGUUUUCAGAAUCACCGCAACGCCAUUCAUUCGUCGCCACAUGCAUUCUCCGAUCACUGUCAAUUUAAUUUGAAUUUGAUUGAGACUAGGGGGCGAUUCCUCACGGUUCGGAGCUUGCAAUUGAAGCAAUGGAAUCGUUGGUGGAGCUCUGCGAUUUGAUCGCACAGAAUCCGGUAAGAUAUGCAGGGAAAAUCGGUUGGAUAUGCAGCCGUUGCCCGUCGGCGGAGAGUCUGCAAUCCGAAUCGCCGAGGGUUUCUAGGUCUCAGCUACAUGCCAUACUAGCGGUCGCGCGUUUGCUUUCCAAAUCCUGGAAUUUUGACAACGAUGUCGCCAAGUCUCUGCUCCUCGCUUUUUACCGCUCAAUUCCUGCAUCGUUUAAUCCGACUUUCUGGCCGCAGGCAUUUUCGUCCGAGGCGAUUUCUUCGUUCUUCAAUGAUUUCCUGAGUUAUAUUUUGAAAGCGUCGGAACAGUCUCAAGAUUUUGCUUCCGAUGUGGCUGGAUUCACAGGGGAAAUUGUGAUUCAGACGACAAACAGUGCUAAUCCUGUUGUUUCCAGGAUUUUUUUGAAUGCUCUGUGUUCAAAUUUCCCUCCUAUUAUUCAGUCCGACGUCAACAAAUUGAUAACCGUUCUUCUUGAUCGGUUUGAAAUUGCGGUUCCGAGUUCGGUUCAGGGCUCCUCACUGAGUGCGAAUCCUGAUGGCAGCAGAGCAGGUUCAAAUCCGUCAUCGUCUCAGGAUAUGGCGGCGGACGGGAGUGGAAGCAUUACGUGGAAGAGCAAUGGGGAUUUAUUUGGUUCCAGUACCGGAAUCUAUGAUGUUGACGGAGGUGGUGCAGCCAGCCCUGCAACUGGUAAGAGGGCCGUGACAUUGUUUGAGGAAGAAUCGAUGGAGAGUCUUGAGAAACAAGAAAUUGCUUUUAAGCUAAUCGGGAAUGUAUUUAGUAAGGUGGACAUCGAUCCCAAGCUUAUGGAGCAAGUGAGAAUUAUUGCUAAGAAUCAGCUUCGUUUAAUGCUUUUAUUUCUAAAGAUAAGAAAGCGGGAUUGGUCGGAGCAAGGGCAGGUGCUGAAAGCUAGGAUUGAUAAUAAGUUGUCAGUUUACCAUGCUGCUGCAAGAUUGCAUAUUAAGACUCUGGCAUCUCUCGACACGGAAGGGAAGUCAUCGAAGAGGUUGUUGCACGGAGCCCUUGCGUUGUUGAUAGAGGCUGCAGAAGGAUGCUUGUUCUCAGCAUGGCGGAAAUUGAGAGCUUGUGAAGAGCUUUUUGGUUGUUUGCUUUCUGGGAUAUCUCAAGCAGCAGUUAUUCGUGGCGGCCAGCUUCUCAGAGUUCUGCUAAUUCGUUUUAAGCCCCUUGUGCUUGCUACUUGUGCCCAAGCUGAAACUUGGGCCAAAAGCCAGGGAUGCAUGUUUGAAAGUGUCCUCAAAACAUGUUGUGAAAUAAUCGAAUUUGGAUGGGCCAAGGACCGGUCACCUGUGGAUACUUUUAUCAUGGGACUGGCGACCAGUAUCCGUGAAAGGAAUGAUUUUGAGGAAGAGGAUGGAAAAGAGAAGCAGGAAGCUCCACCUGUACAGCUAAAUGUCAUACGGCUGUUAGCCGACGUAAAUGUUUCUAUUAACAAGCCUGAAGUUGUUGACAUGAUAUUACCCCUAUUUAUUGAGAGUUUAGAAGAGGGUGAUGGUUCAAUUCCAGGGUUGUUGAGACUCCGACUUCUUGAUGCUGUUUCUCGCUUGGCGAGUUUAGGUUUUGAUAAGUCCUACCGUGAAGCUGUAGUCUUAAUGACCCGAAGUUACUUGGGCAAACUUUCCAGUAUUGGCUCUGAGGAAAGUAAUGCCCAGGCACCAGAAGCUGCAACUGAACGUGUUGAAACAUUACCUGCAGGAUUUUUAUUAAUUGCCAAAGGCAUUUCAAGUAAUAAGUUGCGUUCAGAAUACCGACAUCGUUUGUUGUCAUUGUGCUCAGAUGUGGGUUUGGCUGCAGAGUCAAAAAGUGGAAGGAGUGGGGCAGAUUUUCUUGGGCCUCUUCUGCCUGCCGUGGCUGAAAUAUGUUCCGACUUUGAGCCCAGCACGGAUGUGGAGCCAUCUCUCUUGAAGCUAUUUCGAAAUUUGUGGUUCUAUAUUGCUCUCUUUGGAUUAGCACCUCCAAUACAGAAAGCUGGGCCCAAUACAAAACCAGUUUCGUCAACAUCUAAUAUUGCAGGCAGCACAAGUGGAGGUACUACGGGCACACUUGUACUCCAAGCUGUGACUGGACCAUACAUGUGGGAUUCAUCAUGGGCGUCUGCUGUGCAGUGCAUAUCAAAGGGGACUCCUCCUCUUGUUGUGAGCUCUGUGAAAUGGCUUGAAGAUGAGUUGGAGCUCAAUGCUCUUCACAACCCAGGUAGUCGGCGAGGAAGCGGAAAUGAAAAAGCUGCUUUGACUCAAAAGACUGCUCUUUCUGCUGCCUUUGGAGGGCGAGUGGAAGUUUCUGCUAUGAGUACAAUUUCAGGUGUCAAAGCAACCUAUCUGUUGGCUGUAGCAUUUUUGGAGAUAAUCAGAUUUAGCAGCAAUGGUGGUCUUCUGAAUGGAGGGGAAAGUUCUACUGCUUCUAGAAGUGCUUUCAAUUGUGUCUUUGAGUACCUGAGAAGUCCAAAUUUAAUGCCAGCUGUCUCCCAGUGCUUGACUGCUAUUGUCCAUCGGGCUUUUGAAACCGCAAUAACUUGGCUGGAGGAUAGGGCUGCUGAUACAGGUUCAGAAGCAGUGGUUAGGGAGUCCACACUCUCAAUCCAUGCCUGUUUUCUGAUAAAAAAUUUAUCUCAGAGGGAUGAACAUGUACGGGAUCUCUCUCUUAGUUUGUUAACUCAACUCAGAGAUAAAUUUCCACAGAUCUUGUGGAAUUCGUCUUGUCUGGAUUCCCUGCAACUCUCAAUGCAUAAUGAUCCACCUUCCGCUGUAGUGAGUGAUCCUGCUUAUCUUGCCAAUGUCCGCGCUUUGUACCAGAAAAUUGUUAGAGAGUGGAUCAUUGUUUCACUUUCACAUGCUCCGUGCACUACUCAGGGUCUUCUUCAGGAAAACCUUUGCAAAGCUAAUUCAUCACAGAGAACGCAGCCAACAGCAGAUGUGGUCUCACUGUUGUCUGAGAUUAGAAUUGGUACUGGGAAAAAUGAAUGUUGGACUGGUACAAAAACUGCGAAUAUUCCUGCAGUCAUGGCUGCUGCUGCUGCAGCUUCAGGUGGAAACUUGAAAUUAACUGAUGCAUUUAACUUGGAGGUUCUUGGUACUGGCAUGGUCAGUGCCACAGCGAAGUGUAACCAUGCUGGAGAAAUUGCUGGCAUGAAAAGGUUAUAUGAGACCAUGGGUGAACUUGCUCUUACAAAUAGUGGUCUGAAUUCUGACCCUGAUUCCUCUGCACAACCCAAACAGCUACCCUUUAGUGAAGUAUUGCUUGCAAAAUUUGUAAAGCUCCUUCAGAAGUUUAUAAAUACCGCAGAGAAAGGUGAAAAACUAGACAAGUCAUCUUUUCGUGAAACUUGUUCACAAGCUACUGCCUUGCUUCUUUCAAAUUUGGAUUCAGAUUCAAAUUUAAAUCUUGAGAGCUUUUCCCAACUUCUGCGCCUUCUUUGCUGGUGCCCAGCUUAUAUAACCACACUUGAUGCUGUGGAGAUUGGUGUGUACAUUUGGACAUGGCUGGUUUCUGCUGCUCCUAAGUUGGGAUCUCUUAUUCUUGCGGAGCUUGUAGAUGCAUGGUUAUGGACAAUUGACACCAAGAAAGGCCUUUUUGCAUCGGAUAUAAGGUAUGCUGGACCAUCUGCAAAGCUGAGGCCGCACCUUACCCCUGGUGAACCUGAACCGGAGCCUGAGAAAGACCCUGUUGAACAGAUAAUGGCUCAUAGGCUGUGGCUUGGAUUCUUUAUAGAUCGAUUUGAAGUUGUUCGGCAUGAUAGUAUUGAACAGCUUUUGCUACUUGGUCGAAUGUUACAAGGAACUACAAAGCUCCCCUGGAAAUUCUCACGGCAUCCAGCUGCUACAGGAACUUUUUUCACGCUUAUGCUUUUUGGCCUGAAAUUUUGUGCAUGCCAAACACAGGGGAACCUUCAGAACUUCAAAUCAGGACUUCAAUUGCUUGAAGAUAGGAUAUAUAGGGCCUUCUUAGGGUGGUUUGCUCAUCAACCUGAAUGGUAUGAUUUGAAUAAUAACAAUUUUGCUCAGAGUGAAGCCCAGUCUGUUUCAAUACUUGUUCAGCAUCUCUUAAAUGAGAGGGUGGAACAACCGCAGCCUGACCAGAAAACAGAUGGGGUUGAAAAUGGUUCCUCUUCAGAUAAUACUGGUCACUGCCAUCCUGUCUGGGGCCAGAUGGAAAACUAUUGGACUGGACGGGAGAAAAGGAGGCAGUUGCUGAUGAUGUUAUGCCAGCGUGAGGCUGACCGGCUUGAGGUUUGGGCCCAACCAGUUGGAUCAAAGGAAAGCAGUUCUCGACUUAAAGUUAGCUCAGAUAAAUGGAUAGAAUUUGCAAGGACGGCCUUCUCUGUUGAUCCUCAAAUUGCUUUAUCACUUGCUGGAAGAUUUCCGACAAAUGCAGCUCUGAAGACUGAAAUCACCCAACUAGUUCAGUCACAUGUUUUGGAGAUCCGCAGCAUUCCUGCAGCUCUGCCUUAUUUUGUCACGCCCAAAGCAGCGGAUGAGAAUUCUACACUUUUGCAACAACUACCACACUGGGCAGCUUGUUCAAUUACACAAGCUUUGGAGUUUCUUAGUCCAGCAUAUAAAGGUCAUCCUCGAGUCAUGGCUUAUGUUCUCAGGGUGUUGGAAUCUUAUCCUCCUGAGAGAGUGACUUUCUUCAUGCCUCAGUUGGUACAGGCGCUAAGAUAUGACGACGAGAAAUUGGUCGAGGGAUAUCUGCUAAGAGCUGCACAGAGGAGUGAUGUUUUUGCCCACAUAUUAAUUUGGCAUUUACAGGGUGAGAGUGUUCCUGAGCCUGAUAAAGAUAUACCAGCUGGUGCUGGUGCUACCACUCCCACUGGCACUCCCGCUGGCGCUGGCGUGAAUAACUCAUUUCAAGAACUUCUUCCAGUUGUCAGACAAAAAAUUAUUGAUGGUUUCAAUUCUAAAGCACUUGAUGUGUUUCAAAGGGAGUUUGAUUUCUUUGAUAAAGUUACAUCCAUAUCUGGCGUUCUCUUCCCUAUUCCAAAGGACGAAAGGCGAGCCGGAAUAAGAAGGGAGUUGGAGAAAAUUCAGGUGGACGGAGAGGACCUGUAUCUACCUACAGCUCCUAAUAAACUCGUCAGGGGUAUUCAGGUUGAUAGUGGAAUUCCUUUACAAUCAGCAGCAAAAGUUCCUAUAAUGAUUACAUUUAAUGUGGCGGAUAAAGAUGGUGAUCCCAAUGACAUAAAGCCACAAGCUUGUAUUUUCAAGGUUGGAGAUGACUGUCGACAAGAUGUUCUCGCUUUGCAAGUUAUUUCUCUUUUGAAGGAUAUCUUUGAAGCUGUGGGGCUUAAUUUAUAUCUGUAUCCGUAUGGAGUGCUCCCGACGGGACCAGAGAGAGGAAUUAUUGAGGUCGUUCCCAAUUCACGAAGCAGGAGUCAGAUGGGUGAGACCACUGAUGGUGGCCUAUAUGAGAUUUUUCAGCAAGACUUUGGGCCUGUUGGCUCCCCGAGCUUUGAAACUGCCCGUGAGAAUUUUCUCAUUAGCAGCGCAGGAUAUGCAGUUGCGAGUCUUUUGCUUCAACCGAAGGACAGACACAAUGGGAAUCUUUUGUUCGACAAUAUAGGCAGGCUUGUUCAUAUUGAUUUCGGUUUCAUUUUGGAGACUUCCCCCGGUGGAAACAUGAGAUUCGAAAGCGCACAUUUCAAACUCAGCCAUGAGAUGACUCAACUACUCGAUCCAUCAGGAGUCAUGAAAAGCGACACGUGGUACCAAUUCGUCAGCUUAUGUGUAAAGGGGUACCUAGCUGCGCGGCGCUACAUGGAUGGGAUCAUCACAACAGUCCUGCUAAUGAUCGACAGCGGAUUGCCCUGCUUCAGCAGAGGGGACCCCAUAGGACAUCUACGCAAGCGAUUUCAUCCAGAAAUGAGCGAGCGCGAAGCCGCCAACUACAUGAUCCGGACUUGCACCGAUGCCUAUAAUAAGUGGACGACGGCCGGGUACGACUUGAUCCAGUACUUGCAACAGGGCAUUGAAAAAUAGUAAGGCCAGCCAGCCAGCCAGCCAGCCAUGGAUGACUUGUCUCUAGUAGUAAGUAACUAUAUCUUCAUUCUCCUGCAUUUUAUUUUUAUUUUAUUAUUGAUUUUUUUCUUUUUUCAUUUUUUACCUUAGCUAAACCCCCAAAAGAAAAUUUAGAAAGUUCUUGGAAUAUUAGUUAGUUUAUUCCACUUGCUGUAAGCUGUUAUGUUUAUCGACUCUGUAGACUUUAGGGAAUUUUGUGAAUAGUGUUAUUCAUUAUUUUAUUUGUUUUGAA